AUGAAGACCCCUCAACCUUACAGCUUCGCCUAUGACGUUAACGACGGCUACAAUAAUUACGGACACGAGCAACAGAGCGACGGUUACGUGACUUCCGGUUCCUAUCGAGUGCUGCUGCCCGACGGCCGCACUCAGAUUGUUAAUUUCAGGGCGGACAAGAACGGCUACGUGGCCGACGUCAAGUACGAGGUGUCCAUUUUCAAGCCCGCUGCACCGUCCCACAGAGCGUUGCCUGUUGCCCCUCUGCGCAACACGAAUGCCGGGCAGAGCAAGAAAGCCUCUCCGGCCUGGACGGCAUUUACGGCGUAUCAGCCGGAUGCUAAGAAAGCGUCCUACAAAGCUGAUCUAAUCGCUGCCCUCGGCUAUAAAACUACAGCAGCCACGCCUUCCAUUGCGGCUGGCAAAGAAGCUGCCAUCGAUCCGCUCCUACAAGACGCCAGCGGCUGUUGCGGAAUACAAUAAAAGGCCAGAGUAUCAAACAGCGCCGAUUGAUUCCGCUCCUGUCCAUCGAGAUUCGUCCGUUCCGGUGUACAAACCUGUGGCCGCUCCGCCUGAUGCGCUAGUCGAUACCAA